UACGUGCUUCGCUUCGCUGAGACACGGCCCGCAACUUCGGGCGGCAACCGGAGGCUCGCCACAUCGUCCAAAAAUAGGCAACGCAUUAUAUUGUUGUGUUUAUGCAUAAUUUGCGCAGUUGCCACCACAUGCGCGAGGCAAACAGUUAACAAUUUAUUUUGCACAAGCAUGCCAGACUAAUAAUUGGCCUUACAGCAUAAUGGACAGAACAGGCUAUCAGGACAUAAGCGCUUUGGAAAAAUCGGUGGCCAAUGCGGGCACGCAGCUGUAUACUAUGGCGCACAAGCUGCAUGCGGUGGAGCGUAGUCUGGACCAAACGACAAUGGAGCAAAUGGAUGAGAUGGAGGUCAUGGAGCUGCUAGAGUCAAUGACCGAGGUCAAGAAUGAAUACCAAAACCUGCGCAAGGACAUACAAGAAGUGCAACAAUUGCAACGUGACGUCAGUACCUCCAUACGCUUUCAAAUGAGUCACAUGCAACAAACCUUUCAAAUGCUCAAGAAGCGCAUUGCAAGCUCACAGCAAAAGAAACAGCAGCAACAACAACGUCAAAGAGAUAAACACCAGGGCAACACUUUGGCAGCGGGCGAGCAUUAAAAUUAAAAUUGGAUGGGUUACUUUGCUAGCCAAUUAAUGAAUUUGUUUUGAUUUGGAUAGCUUUUUACCUGCGGCACAAGGAUAUGCGUGUCUAUAGUUAAAUGACUGGAAACCUGUUGCAAAACAAACUUAUAAAUUAACGUUCGUACAUUGUAAUCGUGUCAAAUAGUGAAAUUCUUCAAAAUCAAUACUUUUUCUACUUACAUCCAUACAUACAUAUAUACAUAUACAAUGCAUAAAUCAACUAGAAACUAUGUAAACAAUGCUACAACAAUUUAAUAUCACAAGCCAAACAUACACAAAAAAUAACUUUUGUACGCAAAAAUGUAUUUACUCAUAGCUCAACCUUUACACGAACACCUUUUUGUAUCAUAACUCGUAAUACUUUAUGAUGCAAAUCCAAAAUGUCUGAUACUAAUACCAUUUGAGAAAAAUGCACUUUUUCAAACAAAAUAUUUGCCUUAAAACACCUUGUUAUACUAAUUUUUUAUAUACACAUGUUUUGAAAUUGAACUGUAGCUUAUCAUUUCUAUUACAAUGAUAGGCAAGCGCAAUCUGUUUUGACCUUUUUAUAUUUGUUGUUAAAAAUUAUGUGUACAUUUUAGGCCAC